UCAUGGUUGGAUUUGAACUCGUAGUGUUGAACUACCGACAUGGACGCGGGGAAAAAAGAUGCCGCCAACGAGGGAGAUGGCGGGAAGUCGGACACCCUGGGCUCCAGCGGCUCGGCCAGGAAGAGGGGCGGGGGGGCCAAGAAGGCCAUCCAGGCCAACAAGUCGGCCCUCAGGGCCCCCCGAGCCCUCUGCUGCCUCACCCUCAGCAACCCCAUCCGCAUGGCCGCCCUGGCCCUCGUCGAAUGGAAAUAUCCUGGGCCUUUCGAUAUAUUCAUCCUGCUCGCCAUCUUCGCCAACUGUGUCGCUAUGGGAGUCACCAAACCCUACCCAGACGAUGACUCCAACGCCACCAAUCACAAUCUGGAACAAGUAGAGUACGUCUUCCUGGUCAUCUUCACCAUCGAGACCUUCACUAAGAUCCUGGCCUACGGCCUCACCAACCCAACUGGUCAAUCGCACCCACCCCCCAGCGCCUACAUACGCAGCGGCUGGAACUUGCUCGAUUUUGUCAUCGUCAUCGUCGGGCUGUUCAGUGUGAUGGCCGAGGGAAUGACGGACCACAAGCCAGGGGAGGCCCACCACGCUGCAGGCAAACCUGGAGGGUUGGACGUCAAAGCCCUUAGAGCUUUCAGGGUGCUGCGACCGCUCAGGCUGGUCUCUGGAGUGCCGAGUCUCCAAAUUGUGUUGAACUCCAUCAUGAAGGCCAUGGUGCCUCUGCUCCACAUCGGUAUGCUGGUCAUGUUUGUCAUCAUCAUCUACGCCAUCAUCGGCUUGGAGCUCUUCAUUGGCAGGAUGCACAAAAGCUGCUACUACCUGGGCUCAGAACUAAUGCUGGACGAUGACCCAACACCUUGUGCUUUUGCGGGAAACGGGCGCUUCUGCAUGUCCAAUGGGACAGAGUGCAGGGGAAGAUGGGAGGGGCCAAACGGUGGGAUAACAAACUUUGACAACAUAUUCUUCGCUAUGCUGACCGUGUUCCAGUGCAUCACUAUGGAGGGCUGGACGGAUGUGCUUUACUGGAUGAAUGACGCCAUUGGCUUUGAGAUUCCCUGGAUCUACUUUGUGUCUCUUGUCAUCUUUGGAUCGUUCUUCAUCAUCAACCUCGUAUUGGGUGUGUUGAGCGGAGAGUUCUCCAAGGAGCGAGAGAAGGCGGUGGCGCGCGGGGAGCUGCAGAAGGCCCAGGAGAGCAAGCAGAUGGAGGAGGACAUGAUCGGCUACAUGGACUGGCUCAUCGAGGCCGAGGACGUGGACGAGGAGGGCAACAAGCGUGCUGCAAUAGCCAAGAAGAAGAUGAUGAAGAAGUUUGGCUGGUACAAACAGAGUGAGGAUGGAGAGUCGGAUUCUGACGACGACAUCGCAUAUCUCGAUGAUGACAACGGCUUCUGCGCUUCCUUGAUGGCAAAGAUGAUGGCCAACAGUUUCUGCGACCAGCUGUGCCAGCUCAACCACACCAUGAGGAAGAACUGUCGCGUGGCCGUGAAGACCAACAACUUCUACUGGCUGGUCCUGCUGCUGGUGUUCCUCAACACGGUGGCCAGCGCCUCCGAGCACUACGGCCAGCCCACGUGGCUCACCGAGAUGCAGGAGCGCGCCAAUAAGAUCCUGCUGCUGCUGUUCACGCUGGAGAUGUCCAUGAAGAUGUACGCCUUCGGGCUGCAGAUCUACUUCAUGGCGCUGUUCAACCGCUUCGACUGCUUCGUGGUGUGCGGCGGCAUCCUGGAGACGCUGCUGGUGGAGCUGGAGUUCAUCCCCCCCAUCGGCAUCUCCGUGCUGCGCUGCAUCCGGCUGCUCAGGAUAUUCAAGAUGACCCGGCACUGGGCGGCCCUGUCAGAUCUGGUGAACUCUCUGCUGAACUCCAUGAAGGCUAUCUGCUCCCUGCUGCUCCUGCUCUUCCUCUUCCUCAUCAUCUUCGCCCUGCUGGGCAUGCAGCUGUUCGGAGGCAAAUUCAACUUUGACGAGACUCAGAUGAAGAGGAGCACAUUCGACUCCUUCCCACAGGCCCUGCUCACCUGCUUCCAGAUCCUCACCGGGGAGGACUGGAACGCUGUGAUGUACGACGGCAUCAUGGCGUACGGAGGGCCCAUCUUCCCCAACAUGGUGGUGUGCAUUUACUUUGUCAUCCUCUUCGUCUGCGGUAACUACAUCCUUCUCAACGUCUUCUUGGCUAUCGCUGUGGACAAUUUGGCAGGCGGAGGCGGUAAAAAGAAAGAGGAGGAGAAAAAAGAGGAAGACGACGAAUGGGAUGAAGACGAGGAGAAGGAGGAUGAAGAUGCAGGGAACGAAGAAGAUGACUGGCAGGAGAACGAGGAGCUCAGAGCCAUCGAGGGCUUGGAGGGAGUGGCUCCUCUGAAACCAGAGUUCUCUGGGCCUAAAGAGAAGAUCGUCCCCAUUCCUGAUGGGAGCUCAUUCUUCCUUCUGGGGAAGAAGAACUGCUUGCGAGUGGCCUGCCACAAUCUCAUCCACCACCCCUACAUCACCAACUUCAUCUUGGUCUUCAUCAUCCUCAGCAGUAUCUCACUGGCCGCUGAGGAUCCCAUCAAGUCUCACUCCUUCAGAAACAUCGUCCUCGGCUAUGCUGAUUAUGUGUUCACCUCAGUGUUCACAGUGGAGAUCAUUCUGAAGAUGACCGUCUAUGGAGCUGUUCUGCACACGGGCUCCUUCUGCCGGAACGCCUUCAACCUCCUGGACCUGCUGGUCGUCAGCGUGUCCCUUAUGUCCUUCUUCCUCCACUCCAGCGCCAUCUCGGUGGUGAAGAUCCUCAGGGUGCUGCGAGUGCUCAGGCCGCUCAGGGCCAUCAACAGAGCCAAGGGCCUCAAGAACGUUGUGCAGUGUGUGUUCGUGGCGAUCAAAACCAUCGGCAACAUCCUGAUCGUCACUUCCCUUCUGCAGUUCAUGUUUGCCUGCAUCGGCGUGCAGCUCUUCAAGGGGAGGUUCUACAGCUGCACAGACGAGGCCAAGCACACGCCAGAUGAAUGCAAGGGAACCUUUGUGGUCUACAAAGACGGCGACAUGAACCACCCCAUGGUGCGGGAGAGGAUCUGGGAGAACAGCGAAUUCAACUUUGACAACGUGCUGAUGGGCAUGCUGGCUCUGUUCACCGUGUCCACGUUUGAAGGCUGGCCGCAACUUCUCUACAAGGCGGUGGACGCCAACGCCAUAAACCGGGGCCCUAUCUACAACUACCGCGUGGAGAUCUCCAUCUUCUUCAUCAUCUACAUCAUCAUCAUCGCCUUCUUCAUGAUGAACAUCUUCGUGGGUUUCGUCAUCAUCACGUUCCGAGAGCAGGGGGAGGCAGAGUUCAAGAACUGCGAGCUCAACAAAAAUCAGAGACAGUGUGUGUACUAUGCUAUAAAAGCACAGCCUAUAAAGAUCUACAUUCCUAAGAACCCGUCGCAGCUCAAAUUCUGGAGGAUCGUCAACUCCAGCCAGUUUGAGUACAUCAUGUUUGCUCUGAUUCUGGGCAACACGCUCACACUAGCUGUUCAGCAUUAUGAGCAGUCCAAAUUGUUCACCUCCGUCAUGGACAUCCUCAACAUGAUCUUUACGGUAGUUUUCACCGGGGAGAUGAUCAUCAAACUACUGGCUCUUCGAGCUCAUCAUUAUUUUAUUGACCCCUGGAAUUCUUUUGACGCUUUGAUUGUCAUCGGCAGUGUUUUGGAUAUCGCGGUUUCUGAAUUAAGCGGGGGAGGUGAACACGCUGAGGGUGGAGGCAAAGGUGAAAGUGGAAAAGUGUCCAUCACCUUCUUCCGUUUGUUCCGAGUCUUGCGAUUGGUCAAAUUACUCAGCAAAGGGGAGGGCAUUCGAACCCUUCUCUGGACCUUCAUCAAGUCACUCCAGGCUUUGCCCUAUGUCGGCCUGCUCAUCGCCAUGAUAUUUUUCAUCUAUGCUGUUAUCGGCAUGCAGACAUUUGGGAAGGUGGCCGUGGAUGAGAGCACCCACAUCAACAGGAACUGUAACUUCCAGACCUUCUUCAUGGCUGUGCUGCUGCUCUUCAGGUGUGCUACAGGUGAGCAAUGGCAGGAGAUCAUGCUGGCAGCGUUGCCGGGCCGACGCUGUGACCCGGAGUCGGACACGGAGCCCGGCGAGGAGUUCAGCUGCGGCAGCAACCUGGCCUACAUCUACUUCAUCAGCUUCUUCAUGCUCUGCGCUUACCUGAUUAUCAAUCUGUUCAUCGCUGUCAUCAUGGAUAACUUUGAGUACCUGACCGACUGGACCGUGCUGGGCACCCACCAUCUGGACGAGUUUAAGAGAGUCUGGUCCGACUACGACCCUGAGGCCACCGGUCGGAUAAAGCACAUAGACGUAGUCACUAUGUUGCGCAGAAUUCAGCCGCCUCUUGGUUUUGGAAAGCUAUGCCCUCAUCGCGUGGCUUGUAAGAGGCUGGUUGCCAUGAAUGUGCCGCUGCACGCUGAUGGGACCGUCACCUUCAGCGCCACUCUCUUCGCACUGGUGCGCACCUCGCUGAAGAUUAAGACAGAAGGACCCAUUGACCAACAGAAUGAAGAGCUAAAGCUGAUCAUAAAGAAACUGUGGAAGCGCACAAAGCCUAAGCUCAUUGAUGAAAUCAUUCCGCCACCUAGAGGGGAUGAGGUGACCUGCGGGAAGUUUUACGCCAGCUUCCUGAUCCAGGACUAUUUCAAAAAGUACCGCAAAAGGAAGGAGAGGGAAAGAAAAAGCAAGAAAAAGGACAAGGCAGCAGCUCUUCAGCAAGGGCUGCGCACGCUGCAGGACCUGGCCCCGGAGAUGCGCCUGGCCAUGGCCUGCGACCUGGAGGACGAGGAGGCCGUGGACAUGGGAGACGAGGUGUUUGACGGCGGGGCCGAAGCCUCCGCCCCCACCACCCCCACCACCCCCCUGCCGCCGCCGGACCUGGCGGAAGAGACCGCCGUGUUCCUGGAGGACCCGCCCAAGCUGGCCAACGGGGGCGUGAUCACAGAGCAGGUGACGUGGACGCCCGACCACCUGCGGCCGGACUCUCUCGUCCCGGGGAUGAGUGUGGUGUUGGAGCAGCCCCUGAAGUCUGAGUCCGCCAGUGAGAUGCUGUCUCCACCUCCUACAUCCCCUCCACACCCUCCUCCUCCUCCUCCUCCACCAGUGGUGUGUGAGGGUGGAUGUGAAGCCGUGGUUGAAACCACGGCGAUUCACACAGCAGCUGUUGCGGCGUUAGUGGCUCAAACAUUGCCGACUGAACCGAUGAUUGAAACGCAGAUGGUGGAAACAGCGGUGGUCGAAGCGGCGGUGACGGACACGCUGCUGGUCGAAACAUCCUUGGUCGAACCUGCGGUGGUCGAACCUGCGGUGGUAGAACCUGCGGUGGUAGAACCUGCAAUCGUAGAACCUGCGGUGGUAGAACCUGCGGUGGUUGAACCAGCGAUAGCUGAACCAGCGGUGGCUAGUCCCACUUAUGAUCCAGUGUAUUACUCUGAGAAUACUGCAGCAUACACACCGGCAGCAAAUGGAUUCAUCUACCCAGCCGUCCCCGCCGCCCCCGCGGAGACGGGCUACAGCGAGCAGAGCCUCAGCCAGGCCCCGCCAGGCGCGGCAGAAGUCCCCUACGGCCACCACAACAGCAAUGGAGCCGUUCACGGAGAGGCUGUGGCUCCGGGGCCCAAGGUCACCUACACCGGGAACGGGUAUAUCGGGAACGGGUACUCUGAAGUCGGCUACAACGGCAACGGGAGCGUGGUCGUCAGCCUCAACGGCAACGGCAGCACCACCAGCUACGUCAACGGCAACGGCAGCCCCACCAGCUACGUCAACGGCAACGGCAGCCCCACCAGCUACGGCAACGGCAGCGUGGCCAACGGCAGCUACUCCCCCGGCGACUACCAGGGACAUGAAACCGGCAUGCAGUUUGUCAGGCGGCGCCUGCUGCCCGUGUUACCCACAGGGAGAAAGCCGUCCUUUAACCUCCAGUGUCUGAGGCCGCAGUCCAGCGACGAGGUCCUCCCCCCCCAGGGGAACUAUCGGGGCAGCCUGCCCGCCCCCCGGUCCAGACUGCAGCCCCAGCACAGCCUGGACUCUCGGCCCGGCAGCGUGCUGUCGGCGUCCCCGGCCUCAUGGGGCCACGUGGCGGCCCCCACCCCCAGCGGCCCCAUGGGCGGGGGGGCCGAGUCCCUGGGCCGCCGGGGCAAGCUGCUCUACACGCCCAUGCUCCUGGUGGACCAGGCCAGCGGCGCCCACCAGCCCGUGUGGACGGACGGCACCGCCAGCCUCCCCGUGGGGAGCCGGCCCACCGGCUGGUACCCCAGUCAGUCCAGGACCUACACCAGCGGCAGGUUGCCCCCGAUCCUCCAGCGGGACCUCAUAGAGAAGGGCAGCGCGGACAGCCUGGUGGAGUCGAUCUUGAUAUCAGAGGGGCUCGGGCAUUACGCCAGGGACCCCAAAUUCGUGAACUUUGCCAAGCGAGAGAUUGCGGAGGCGUGUCACAUGACCCUGGACGAGAUGGAGAACGCCGCCACCGACCUGAUCGUCCGCGGGUCCGGACAGUCCCUCGGGCGCUUUGAGGAGGAGCUGGCGGACGAGAUGAACUGCGUGAUUUCAUACUGAGAUCGGCUUGAGGGAGCUCAGGUUCCCUGUUUCUAAAGAGUCUAUCUGGUGUGCUUUGAGUUACUGAUGUGUUUCGGAGGAACAGCAUCAAAUGUCUCUGGAGUGGGUGGGCGACUGCGUAGGAGUUAUGUUGAGCAGUUAUUUAACUUAAUUCCCGCGUAAAUUUGUAUGUGUCACCAAAACAAAAGCACUCCACGGAAAGGAGACCAAAAUGAACUUGUGGAAAUGUACAAAUCAUGAGGCUUAAUUUGCAAUGCCAAAAAUGAACAGAUAUGUAUAUGUAUAGCAGCUGCUGGUAUAUGACAAUCUGUGGUCCAUUCCACAAGGCUUCCACAUAGGACUGGAACAUUCUACAUGAUACCUGCUAAAUAUGAGUAUUAAAAGGUAUGAUAGUUUUACUAUGAUAAGCUGCAUUUUUGCAUUAUUUUGUAAUUU